AUUUGUGUACAGGUGUUGACUGACGUAGCGAUAUCUGAGUAGUGUGAAACGCGUGUGUAUCAGCAACACGUUAAUUUGCUAAUCUCUUGACAUCUCUCGUUAACAAUACUCCACACUCCAAACCCAUCCAUAAUUCCUCCUCCACAAAAAUAAUGAAUACCUGCUUCGACCGAAGGUUAAAAUCAACAACCAGCGAUCAUCACUUUGUGUGAUUGGUACAACUGAUUAUCAGCGUCGAGAACAGUGUGACAUGUAGAUAAACACCACAAUUACGGAACCAGCUAUGAAUUAACAACAGUUCCAUUAGUCUACAAUUAUUAUGCAACAAAAAACUACAUUAAUUGGUUGUUUCGCAUUACACGUUCUAAUCAGUCAGACACAAUUACACCACAAUCGAUGAAAAACUGAAAAACAAACAAUGAUCGAAACGAAAAAAAUUCCGCCCGAUGGGGGCUACGGCUGGGUGAUCGUCUGUGCCAGCGCAUUAAGCAGCUUCAUCGUCGUCCCGCUGAUUCACUGCUUCGGCCUCAUUUUCAAGGACACAUUCGUCGAACUUGGCUUAUCAGCGACUCAGGGAUCCCUAAUUAUUAAUCUAAAUGUGGCCUUUGGGAUGAUCAUGGGUUUGGUUAAUGGGGUGCUGUUGAAGAUUUAUGGGUGCCGGAAAGUCGCGCUUUUGGCGGCGCUGCUGCUCACCGGAGGCGUCGUACUUACAGCCUACUCCAAAACUUUUACACACUUUGUUAUCGCUUAUGGGUUGAUAACGUCUUUGGGGAUGGGGAUGGUCCAAUCAGCUAACGGUCUCGCUAUUAACAUGUACUUUAAAGCUAAGAGAAGCUACGCUAUGGGGUUGGCUGUCACUAUUACGGGGUUCGGUCCUAUUCUCAUCCCCCAACUCAUCGGUUUUUUAAUGCAACACUACACCCCCUCUGGUGUGACCUUGAUUUUCGGGGGGGUGUGCGCCCACGUGUUUAUAGGGGCCGUUUUGCUGCAACCAGUCGAGCGUCACAUGAUCAUAGACAAAACACAACCUCAAGACGAACAAAGCGAGCUUUUAACCGAACAAACGAAGACACAAACUCAGGAAGACAAAGACCCCUUGUUUAAAAGACUGCUGAAAACUGUUGCCAAAACGUUCGAUUUGGAUCUUUUCAAAGAUCCGAUUUUUGUAAACAUAAUGAUGGGUAUGGCUUUAGCGAUUUUCGCUGAACUUAACUUUACCGUGCUCACCCCUUUCAUGCUAAGCGAUUUUGGGUUGGAUACGUCACAGAUUGCCACGUUUUUGUCGACGCUAGGUGUCGCUGACAUCAUUUUCAGGUUUUUCGCACCGUAUAUAGGCAACUAUUUCACCAAGCCGCCGCGAUUGAUGUAUGCGUAUAGUUUGAUCCUUCUCAUCGUGACACGAUUCACGUUCCUACUAUCGCGGAAUUUCUACGCCUUGUUGGUAAUCGCGCUGGGUUUGGGUAUUGCUAAAGGCAUCCGUAAGGUGUACAUGCAGCUGGUGAUCCCCGCCCACGUACCCAUCGAAAAACUGGCCAAUGCUAGCGGCAUGGAAAUGAUGAUGAACGGGUUCUGUAUAAUCAUUGGUGGACCUACGUUGGGUGUCGUUCGUGACGUCACGGGUAGCUACUCCUUAUGCAUCAUUCUGAUGAACUGCGUGACCUUCACUACUAUCCUGAUGUGGACAAUAGAGGCUAUUAUAGUCAAGUGUAGGAGAAAGAACAAAGGGAGUAUAGAAGAGGCGACUUAAAUAAAAUCUAUUUUUUAUAAAAUCAUACAAUAAAAAAUUAAAUACACUAA